CUAAUUUCAGUUUUAAUUCUGGCCUAAAAUAAUUUAUCUGGACUAAUUUAGAAAUAACAUAUAGGGAGAAAGAUAAGCAAUCAUAUAGCAUUGAUCUUCAACCGUCUUUUGAAUAUCAGGACAUUUAUAGAUGGCGUUAUUAUCCAUAACUAGAUGUUACUAAAUAGUCAUUCCAUAAGUAUCUAAAGUAUCUAUGACGCUUAUCACGCAUUCCUAUCUUUGGUCUAUCAAAGUUUCAUCGGCUAUACAUAUAAAAUACAGUCUCAUUAACAUAAAUACAAGAUUCAAAUUAGUCCAUCUGUUGGUCUGCUUCCCAUGUAAAUACUACUUUCCUACAAAUCUGCAAAAUCUUUUCGAAUGUUUCAGCACCAAGAAUCCUAUCUUAUUUCUUAAGACUAAAUAAAAGACGAUCAAUAAAAUGCUUGUGUCGUCUCAGUAACUUAAUCGUAGUGAGUAAUAUUGAGUAUAAAGAAGCAGACAUUUCAUAGUCUAUCCUUGUUAAGGCAGUAAUAUGUUUAGGAUUAAAACAAGGCAUCCAUCUAUUGCUAACUAUUAUUGCUAAGGACUAAACUAUUCAGUAUAGUAAUAGCCCACUUUAAGACCUUUUUUUUUUCUUUAAAUAUAUGCUGCCAAAUUUGAAAAAUACCAAUAAUCAGACCUAAUUUUACUAUCUUCUCUAAAAAUAUGGAUGGAAUACUGUAAAGAAGGGUUCGCUAUUUGUUAUAAGCUCUCCCCUUUCCGAAUACUCAUUACCAUAUUGCCAUAAAGUGAAUGAACAUUUGACAUUACUUAGAGUUAGUCAAAUUUGAUUUUGGAAUAUUUCAAGUAAUAAGGACUUAAAAUUUACUAUGUUCAUACCUACUUUACCAUGGUUAUAUCUGUG